UUCGAUGGGUUCAAAUACUCGUAACGUCUACGAGAUAAUUUAAGUUGCUUGACUGCUUCGCUCCGUCAUCUGUAUUGUCCCACCAGCCACCGAGUCAGUCAGUCGCUAACGCACCACGACACGAUUUACACAUAACCAUUGCCACAUACUUGAAUACUUUAAAACAUGGUUCUCGAAAUUAACUCAGUGCUGAUAGUGGAUGGUGUUGGAGCGAGAUGCGCGGAAAUUCUGAACUCACACAAGAUCAAAGUAACUACAAAAGCGAAAAUAACAAAAGAAGAACUGUUAAAAGAAAUUCCUAACCACGAAGCUUUGGUAGUUAGAUCCGCAUCCCAAGUGACUAAAGAAGUAUUGGAUGCAGGGACUAAAUUAAAAGUAGUAGGGCGCGCGGGAGCGGGUGUUGACAAUAUUGACGUCGAAGCGGCUGGUGCAAAGGGUAUUGGGGUUAUCAAUGCUCCAGGCGCAAACGCUUUGAGUGCUUGUGAGUUGACAUGCGGUUUGACUUUGGCGCUGGCUCGUCACGUGGUCCCUGCUUCUGCAGCUUUGAAGGAAGGGCGGUGGGAACGGGCGCAGUACACUGGCACUGAAGUGUUUGGAAAAACUAUGGGCGUCAUCGGACUUGGCCGGGUUGGAAGGGAAGUUGCAUUCCGCAUGAAUGCAUUCGGAAUGAAGGUUGUCAGCUAUGACCCGUUUAUACCUGCGGAUGCCUAUGGCAAAGAAUAUGGAGUUCGUAUGGAGCUAAAUGAGAUUUGGCCAGUAGCUGAUUAUAUCACUCUUCAUAUGCCACUUAAUGACGACACCCGCAGCUUCAUCAACGCCGAUGUGUUGAAACAGUGCAAGAAGGGAGUCAAGAUCAUCAAUGUAGGCCGCGGAGGACUAAUCAAUGAACGUGAUUUACUAGACGCCCUGAUUUCCGGACAGGUCAGCGGAGCGGCUCUCGAUGUGUUUGAACAAGAACCACCCACUGAUCCAUUGACUUGGGAAAUUAUCAAGCAUCCUUCCGUAUUGGCGUCUCCUCAUCUUGGUGCAUCUACAAAGGAAGCUCAGAUUCGUGUGGGAGAGGAAAUCGCGGAGCAAUUAGUGAAUCUGGUUCAACCCGGCUCGUAUUCAACUCCACUCGCAGAAGUAACACGCAUUUUGAGGAAUGCUUAAUUCUGCAUCUAUAUAUUAUAGAGGUUCCUCUCAGAAUUAAUUUAACAUAUCUCUCUUACCGCUUGUUAAAAAAAGAUAUUAAAAUGAAUUUUGCAUGCAUUUAUAUUACCUACCCUUCUGUUAGGAAAAUAAUGUUAGGUAUUUAUGAAAAUCGUUAUAAAGUGUUGAAUACUUUGCAUUUCUAUAACUAUUUUUAGGUAUAUUUAGAAUAGUGAUUCUUUUAAACUAUUAAGUACAUUGAGGGCUAGUUUUAUCAGCUAAAGUACGUAUGUAGUCUUUGCUUGGAUUUUUUAAGCACAUUAAGUGUAAGUAAAUUUAGUAACAGGUGGCCAUAAUCACCGUUGGUAUUAAUUUCUAAAGAUUAUCUCACCUUGUAUUUGAAGAAUAUUUAUCGAAGCAAGACUGUUUGAUGUAUUGAUUGUGCCUACAUGCAACAGAACUUGUGUUCUUUCUUUCUUGCUAAAUAAAAAAUUACUUUUUUAUUUUU